GAUGACGGUUUCUUCAAAAUAGAAGUAAGGCCGACGGUCGAUGGAGAUGACGGACGGAGAUGGUGAGGGGAGGUGAUGACGGAGAUGAAGAUGUGGAAGAAAAUUUGCUUAGAAGAGAAAAGGAGAAAGGAAAAUGUCUUACGGUAGAGAAAUGGCCUUUUGCAGUUCCUAGGAGGAUGGAAGGAAUUCCUGGUGACUGCAAUUAAUGGAACAGUCACCUGACAGAAGUAAAGGUUGAAGGAUGAACACCAGAAGACGAAAAUGGAGCUAGAGGAAUACAAGUCUAAAAUUGUGAUUAUGGGAAAUGAGAUCCAACAACUUAAGAGAAAGCUUGAGGCACAGAUGCAUGCUGAAGCUGGAAAUGGUCAGUAUGAAAUGGCUUUGGGGUACACUGCUUGUACAUAUGCUGCUGACAACUUGAUUUUCAUGCGCGAAGUUGUUAGGGCUAUUGCAAAUAAACAUGGCCUGUUGGCAACGUUUGUCCCCAAGUACACUUUGGAUGACAUAGGUUCUGGAUCCCAUGUGCAUCUCAGUUUAUGGCAGAAUGGACAAAAUGUUUUCCAAGCAUCUGAUGCAUCUUCUUAGCAUGGAAUGUCUAAAGUUGGAGAGGAGUUUUUUAGAUCAUCUUCCCUCAAUUUUGGCAUUCACAGUACCACUUCCAAAUAGUUAUGAUCGCAUACAACCUAAUACAUGAAGUGGAGCAUAUCAAUGUUGGGGCAAAGAAAACAGAAAAGCACUUUGUAUUUUUUAUUACCUUGCAAUGUUUAUAGUCAUAGGCAGGUUCAACUAGUCAGUCUGUUUUUCAUAUGUAUUAUUUAUUUUAGUUUUGAUUCUAAAUUUUUAUUUUUACUUUAAUAUUUACGACAACUUGAGUUCUAACUUUUGGAUUUUAA